AUGCCUCACUCUAUAUCGCCGCCUGGUCAAGAUGACGAGGUUAUGCCAGAUGCUCCUGCUGCGACCGAGAAUGACACUGGUGUCAAACUAGAGGACAUGUUCAACGAUGACGAGGACGAGGAGUUCCCAGCAUCGAGUGCACCAGAUACAAAGAUGGAGUCACCACCAUCAGAGGAGGUCCCUGCCCCCGCACCGUCCGGUGUCGAUACCGAUGUCAUGCUUGCCUUUUAUCAGCGACUAUUCCCAUUUCGAUACCUCUUCCAAUGGCUGAACCAUGGCAUUGUACCGACUCGAGACUUUGGGAAUCGAGAAUUCGCGCUCACGCUCCAGAAUGAUGCCUAUCUUCGUUACCAAUCGUACCCCACCGCCGACCUGUUUCGCAAGGAUAUUCUGAAGAUGAACCCCUCCCGAUUUGAGAUCGGACCUGUCUACAGCACCAACCCGCGAGAUCGCAAAACACUUCGAGGCGGUCAAAUGAAGCCAGUCUCCAAAGAGCUGGUAUUCGAUAUCGAUUUGACAGAUUACGACGAUAUCCGGUCCUGCUGUUCGAAGGCCAAUAUCUGUGCGAAAUGCUGGGCGUUCGUGACCAUGUCAAUCAAGGUGAUCGAUGGCGCUCUGCGCGACGACUUUGGCUUCGAACAUAUUCUCUGGGUCUACUCGGGUCGACGUGGUGCUCACGCCUGGGUCUGUGACCCGCGUGCGCGUAACUUGUCAGAUGAGCGACGAAGAGCCAUCGCUGGCUACCUCGAAAUCGUGCGGGGAGGAUCAUCAAGCGGCAAGCGCGUAAACGUCAAACGGCCACUACAUCCGCACAUCCUGCGCAGUCUCGACCUCCUCAAAAAUAACUUUGCCCAGACCACAUUGAGGGACCAGGACAGUUUUCUCAGCGAGGAGCAGGCAGAACGCCUCCUGGCGUUGCUUCCGGAUAAGACGUUGAACGAUUCGCUGCGCAGGAAGUGGGAGUCCUCUCCUGACCGUCCCAGCACCAGCAAAUGGGCGGAUAUCGACGCCUUGGCCAAAACCGGAAAGAGCAGCACAUUGGAUCCCAAAACCCUCCGAGACGCCAAGCAGGACAUCGUCCUCGAAUACACAUACCCGCGCCUCGAUGCCGAAGUCAGCAAGAAGAUGAUCCACUUGCUCAAAAGCCCCUUCGUGAUUCACCCUGGCACUGGUCGUAUUUGUGUACCCAUCGAUCCUCGCAAGGCCGAAGAAUUCGACCCUCUCUCUGUUCCUACGGUGCUGGAGCUCCUGUCGGAGAUUGAUGCGUACGAUGCGCAGAACCCUGCUGGUACCGCAGAGGCCGAUGCCGCUGAUGUGGAGGGUAGCACGGUGAACGACUCGGAUAUCAAGGGCGGGCGCAAGAUGCAGGACUAUGAGAAGACGAGUCUGAAACCCUACAUUGACUAUUUCCGUUCGUUCAUUGCCAACUUGCUCAAGGAUGAGCGGGCUGGGAAACGCGAGCGUGACGAGGCUGGUCCACAAAUCAAAGCGGAUCCGAUGGAAUUCUGA